CAGCUUAAACCUUGCGUGGGAGGGAGGGACUACAGCGAAAAUCUUUCCUCUCAAGCAGACGAGGAUUCUAACAUCAUGUAGGCUACAUUUUCGUUAAAGGCAUUUAAUCAUCGAUCUAUUAUGAUUCUUCUAUACAAAGUAUUCUGACAUAUGAAGAACAUUCGACAUAAUGAAUGCUGAAGAAGGAUGCUGCGGACUGAGAACGCUGUGGGGAAAUAAUUGAAGUGAACCAGCGGAAAGAAUCGAAUGGCUUCUGUAGAGCUGCUUUAUAUAGAUAAGGACGGAAGAGGCAGACAACCCGAUCCUCCCUGCGUCCUUGACUGGGAUUCCAAUCCGGUGCAUGUUCGUAAAGCGAGCAGUUCAGCGGGAGGGGCGCUCUCUAUCUCAGCUCCGGGCUGCGAAGGACUGUGUAAUUCAGCACCAAGGACGGUUCCCCAUAACGGAAGUCCGGAUUUUAAACACAGUCACCCUGCGGUGGAGAAGGUCAGAGUGUGCUGCUACGAGGAAUUAGAGACAUCUUUCACCUAUGUCGACGAGAAUGUGAAUUUGCGUCUGGCAAGCCCUGGGAAAAGUGGGGAAAGUAUCCACAAUUCCGGGUGUAGGCCUAAUGACUGUCCCGAGGGGUUGCAUGAGUUAUCCCUAAUGUCAGAUGAUGAUCUCGCAUCAGAAAGUUCGGGGGCAUCUGUAGAUUACGGUUUUAUAAGCGCGGUCACUUUCCUAGUCACCGGGAUCUCGUUAGUGAUUAUAUCGUAUGCAGUCCCUCGCGAGGUCAAAGUGGACCCGGAGAGCGUGUCUGCGAGGGAGAUGGAGAGGCUGGAAAUCGAAAGUGCCAGGGUAGGGGCACACCUGGAUAGGUGCGUGAUAGCAGGGCUUUGUCUACUGACGCUGGGCGGGGUAGUGCUUUCCACUCUGCUAAUGAUAUCUAUAUGGAAGGGAGAGAUGUACAGGAGAAAAGCAUUUGCAUAUUCCAAGCACUCAGCGAAACUAUAUGGCUCCAUCAAUUUCAAAACGAGAUGUAGCCCAAGUCGGUCGUCCCCGCACCUGUCUAUGAAGGAAGAGAUAGUGGGGCGGCAGGUAGCUUAGUGGUUAAGAGCGUUGUGCCAGUAACCGAAAGGUUGCUGGUUCUAAUCCCCGA